AUGGCAAAAAAAUUUGAUCAAUUAUUUUCAAAGAAGGAAAGAUAUUUAAAAGAAAUAUUAGAAAGUAAUUGUAUAUAUGUAAAAGAUUUAAAUCAUUGGGUUGGUACUAAUUAUAUAGCUCGACUGAAAUUAAAAAAAGAGCUAUUAAAAGUAACCCCCAAAUUGUUAAUAAACAAAACACGUUCAAAAGCUAGCCGAUGUAGGGUGUGCGGUUUCGCUAUUGAAAAAGACAAGCUACGAAUUGGAUAUCCUACAAAAGAUCCGAGAGGUGAUUACGGUUAUAUAAGUUGUUGGGUUCAUAUUGAAUGUAGUAAAAAAAUAUUGUAUUCAUGUUUAUAUUUUAAAGAGAAUGAGAAUAUAUUAAAGGGAUAUUUACAUGAUUAUAAGAAUAAUAAUGAUUAUGAAGAAAAUUAUAAUAAAUAUGAAAUAUAUAUUUAUAAUAAUUUACAAUGGGAUCUUUUUUUUGGGGGUAUAGAAAAUAUAAAUGAAGAGGAGCUAUGUAAAUUAAAAGAGAUUUCAAGACCAUAUGAAUUAAAAAAAAAUGAUUUAAAAUGUAGUAGUAGUUUUGAAAUGUUAAUAAAUGAAGAAAAUGAAAAAAUAAAUUCAUUAAAUUAUUUAAAUAUAGAAAAGAAAAUAACAAAUUAUAAAUUUAGUGUACCUAAAGAAUUAAAAUAUGAUUUAUUAGAAUAUCAGAAAGAAGGAAUUUCUUGGAUGAUAAAUCAAGAAAAGUCUAAUGUCAAAGGAGGAAUAUUAGCUGAUGAAAUGGGCAUGGGUAAAACCAUACAAGCCAUUACAUUGAUAUUAUGUCAAAAAUUGAAUAUUUUAAAUGAAAAAAAAGUAGAGCCACAAAAUAAUGUUAACGUGGAAUAUGAUCAUAAAAAGGAGGAGGAAGAAACCAUGAUAAUGAUGAAGGAAGAACAUCAGAAGAUCAAUCCUAUGUUACAUUGUGAUAUUUAUAAAGAUGAUGUGACAUCCUUUAAAGAAACAGAUAUAGAAUAUAAAAAAUCUGUUAAAGGAUUAGAUAUAAAAAAAUCAACUACUUAUAAUAGUAACAAUAGAUCAUACUGUAAUAAUUCCAGUUCCAAUGAUUUGAAAAUAAAAGAAGAAUCAGAGUGUUGUAGUGUUAUAUUAAUAGAAAGUGAUGAAACACAAAAUGAAAAAAUUAAUGAUAAAAAAAAUGUUAUAGAAGUAAAUGAUUUAGUAGCUCAAAAUGUAUUAAAUGAGAAAAAAAUAAAGAAUAUAAAAAGAGAGUCUGUUCAUAAAAAUAAUAAUAUAUUAAGUUGUAAUAAAAAAAAUGAUUUUGUUAAUAAGCUUCAAGGGCAAACAUUAAUAAUUGCACCUGUAGCUGCUGUUAUGCAAUGGAAAUCUGAAAUAGAAAAAUUUAUUGAUGCGAAUAUUUUAAGUGUUUAUGUUUAUCAUGGUAAUUCAAAAAUGAUAAGUCAUGAAGAAUUAAUAAAAUAUGAUAUUGUUAUAACAUCAUAUGCAGUUGUCGAAGUUAAUUUUAGAAAGAUUGUUAAUAAACAUAAACAACCAUGUGAAUAUUGUGGUAGGUUAUAUCUACCAAAUAAUUUAGAUAUACAUAAAAAAUAUUUUUGUGGUCCUACAGCUGUGAGAACAGAAAAAUUGAAAAAGAGAAAAAAAAAAAAUAAGGACACGGCACUUGUUGCUAUGAAAAAGUUUGAUGAGACAUUUGUUCCAACACCUAGGAAUGUGCUAUUAGAAAUUAUGGCUAAUAGUAAAAAAGAAUUAGAACAUAAUGAUGAUAUUAAAAAAGAUAAUGAAAUAUUUGACAAAACUAUAAAUGAUAAUAAUAGUAAUAAUAAUCAAAAUGGGAAUUAUCAAAAUAAAGGAAAAAAUAAUAUAUCUAAAAAAAAAAAAAAAAUAAAUAAUCAAAUAAAAACAAAAAAUACACAAAAAGAUGGUAAUAUAGAUGUUAUAGUAUUAUCAUCAGAUAGUAGUAAAGAAAAAAGUUCUUCUUCUUCUUCUUCAAAAAAUUCUAUAUAUUCUCCAUUGUCAAGAAAAACAUCGAGUAGAAUAAUAGACUUAAGUAAUUUAGGAUUUGAUAAAGAAACAAUGGAAGAUGUUAUUGAGCGUUUAAGUGAAGGAAAAAAAAAAAAAAAGAAAAAUAUAAAAAAUCAUCGAGAUGUUAAAUGGAAUGUAGUUAUUAAAAAUAUGUUAGAGAAUUUUUUGUAUAAUAUAGAUAUGAAUGACAAAUGUAAACAUGUCUUGAUUAAAAUAUAUUUAACGACUACAAUAAUAGAAAACACAGAAUUAGAAAAAUUAAAUGUGGGUGAACUAAAGGUUCUUCUAAUAACAAUGGGUAAGCAUAUAUUUGGAACCAAAAUUGAGUUAAUAAAUAGAAUAUUAGUAUCAGCAAAAUAUAUACGCAAAGAAUUAUAUGACAAUAAUACAGACCAAGAGAGAAAAGACAAAUCGUGUAUUGAUAAUAUGGAUGGAGAUACUGAUAUUGAUGUGACUAAUAAAAAGGCAAAUCAUAAAAUUUGUAAAGAAAGGAAAAUUAAAAAAGAGGAUGAAAAAAGUAGCAUUGAGAAAAAGCGAAAAACGGUGAAUAUAAAAAGGGAAGUGACAAUAAAUAAGAAGAGGCGAAAUACGACAGAUGGAGGGUGUACAUUGAAAGGUAAAGGAAGAAAGAGUGAAAAUAAUACAAAUGAUGUUAUUGGUGAUAAUAAUAAUAAUAAUAAUAAUUCUUGUUGUAGCAAUGAAGAGAGUUAUACAAAUAAUAGUAGCGAUGAAUCUUAUCGAGUUGAUUUAUGCUCUAAGAAAAAAGAACCCAAAAAUAAAAAAAAGAUAGAAAAGAAUGGGAGAAGCCAAAGGAGGAGUUCACGUAAGAGUUCAUGUAAGAGUUCUUUAGAAAGUGAAAUGAAGGAAGAAUCUAGUAAUUCAUUUUGUAGAGAUGAUUAUGACAAUUCGUCAAAUUCUUUUGAUUCAUAUGAUUCCAUCAUUGUUAGAAAGUCCAAGAUGAGUAAAGAAAAGAAAAAAAGAGAGAAUAUGAAAAUUUUUGAUGAAAGUGCGUUACAUCAGAUAUAUUGGAAUAGGAUUAUUUUAGAUGAAGCACAUCGAAUUAAAAAUAGGAAUACAUCUACUACACAAUCAAUUUUGAAUUUAAAAUGUUGUGGUUAUAGAUGGUGUUUAACUGGAACACCUUUACAGAAUAGAAUUUCUGAAUUGUAUAGUUUAAUACGAUUUAUAGAAUUUUAUCCAUAUGCUUAUUAUUUUUGUUCAAAAAGAGAUUGUAGAUGUUUAUUAUUAAAUUAUGAGAUGAGAGAUAACAAAUAUUGUUAUUUCUGUAAUCAUUCAAGGAUAAAUCAUUUUAAUUAUUUUAAUAAAAGGAUAUUAAAACCUAUACAGUCGUUUGGAUAUAAAGGAGAGGGUUUAAGUGGUAUGUGUUAUUUAAAGAAUGAAGUAUUAGAUAAAAUAUUAUUACGUAGAACUAAAGGUGAAAGGAAGAGUGAUAUUAAACUGAAACCUUUAAUUAUAAAGAUAAGAAAAGAUAGAUUAACAGAUGAAGAAAAAGAUUUUUAUGAAUCUUUAUAUAAACAAACCUCAACACAAUUUAAUACAUAUGUUAAUUCAAAUACGGUUUUACAUAAUUAUGCUCAUAUUUUCGAUUUAUUAAGUAGAUUAAGACAAGCAGCUGAUCACCCAUAUUUAAUUAUAUUUGGUAAUACAUUUUUAAGUGACCCAUCUGGUAAAUUUAUAAAAAAAAAUACAACAAUAAUUCCAGCAAUUUCAAAUGAUUAUGUGUGUGGUAUAUGUUUAGAAAAUGUUGACAAACGAAAUAAUAUAAGUACUAGAUGUAAUCAUAAUUUUCAUAAAAGUUGUUUAAAACAAUAUAUAGAAAGUUUCGAGAUGGAUUCUGGUUUUCAUGAAGAAGAGGAAAGGAGUGAUUCUGAAUUUAAAAAUGGUAAUAUUAUAAAGUAUAACACAUAUAAUAUUGAUACAAAUGAGGGUAUGAAUAUGGUUAGACAUACAAAUAGUUGUAAGUACGAUAUAGUAAUGAAUGACAAUAUGAAUGACAAUAUGAAUGAAAAUAUGAAUGACAAUAUGAAAGACAAUAUGAACAAUAAUAUGAAUGACAAUAAAGAUAUAUUGAAGAAUAAAAGAAAAAACUUGGAAAAGAGAUCUAAAUCCAUAUCUGUUGUAAAAUUUAAAAAUAAAGAUGGUUAUAUAAAUUUAUUAAGUAAUGAUGAGAAUAUAAAAAACUAUCCAUUAGGAUGUCCUGUAUGUUUUAUUCCUUUAACAGUUGAUUUUAAUCUUUUAGUAGAUAAAGAAGAAAAUGAAGAAGAUGAAAUUAUUAUUUGUAAAGAAGAAACUACUUAUAUAAAUAAAAGUUUUAUUAAUAGAAUCAAUACUCAAGAAUAUAAAUCAAGUACUAAAAUUGAAGCAGUAUAUGAAGAAGUAAAAAAUGUAAUAGAUAAUACUGAUGAUAAAUGUUUAAUUUUUUCACAAUAUUGUUCUAUGUUAGAUUUAAUAGAAUAUCAUUUAAAAAAAAAUAAUAUUGUUUGUUCAAAAUUAUUAGGAUAUAUGUCUAUGAUAUCAAGAAAUAAUAUAUUAUAUAAUUUUAAUCAAGAUAAACAAUUAAGAGUAUUAUUAAUAAGUUUAAAAGCAGGAGGUGAAGGUUUAAAUCUGCAAGUAGCAAAUCGAAUUUUUAUUGUAGAUCCAUGGUGGAAUCCAGCAGCUGAACUACAAGCCAUUCAAAGAGCUCAUCGAAUUGGUCAAAACAAAACAGUAUAUGCUAUACGUUUUAUUAUAGAAAAUACUGUAGAAGAAAAAAUUAUUCAACUGCAAAAUAAAAAACAGUUAGUCUUUGACAGCACUAUUGGUGAUUCUGGAAAUGCUAUGCAAAAAUUAUCAAAGGAGGAUUUGGCUUUUCUAUUCCACUCAUAA